GUUUGGUCAAAUAAUUGAAAGGGGCUGAACGGAAGUUACAGUGGUGAAGAAGUAGUAGUAUCCCAUAAACAGACACACACUUCUUCGAACAUUCUACAUCAUUUCCGAAGGCUUCUCCGCCACAUUUUCGUUUGAGGAUUAUCUCUAAUGGCGAAUUCGGGUUCUCCAAAGAAGGUCUUGAUGUUAUGUGGCGAUUACAUGGAAGACGCUGAGGCGAUGGUUCCGUUUCAAGCGUUGCAAGCUUACGGAUUGUCCGUCGAUGCUGUUUGCCCCGGUAAAAAAUCCGGCGACAUUUGUCGCACUGCUAUUCAUCAAGGUUCUCCUCAUCAGACAUAUUCCGAGUCUCGUGGACACAACUUCAGUCUCAAUGCAACUUUUGAUGAAAUCGAUUCAAGCACAUAUGAUGGCUUAAUUAUACCAGGUGGAAGAGCUCCUGAAUAUCUGUCAAUGAAUGAAUCUGUUCUAGACCUUGUGAAACAUUUUGUCAAAUCUGAAAAGCCCAUUGCUUCCAUCUGCCAUGGACAACUUAUCUUGGCAGCUGCUGAUGUUGUGAAAGGUCGAAAAGUUACAGCAUACCCUACUGUGGGACCCAUGCUUGUUGCUGCAGGUGCUCAUUGGGUGGAACCUGAGACAAUGGCAUCAUGUUUUGUUGAUGGAAAUAUAAUCACUGGAGCUGCUUAUGAUGGGCAUGCUGAGUAUAUCAAUCAUUUCAUCAAGGCUUUAGGAGGUACUCUCACUGGUUCCAAUAAACGGAUUCUAUUCCUCUGUGGGGAUUACAUGGAAGACUAUGAAGUAUUAGUUCCAUUUCAGUCGUUACAAGCUCUUGAAUGCCACGUAGACGCCAUUUGCCCCAACAAAUCAGCAGGCGACACAUGUCCUACAGCUGUCCAUGAUUUUGAGGGGGACCAAACAUACAGUGAAAAAACAGGGCAUGAUUUCAAACUAACAGCAAAUUUCAAAGACACAGAUGCUUCAAGUUAUGAUGGCCUUGUCAUCCCUGGAGGCCGAGCUCCAGAAUACUUAGCACUUGACCAAGAUGUUAUUAAGCUGGUCAAACAUUUCAUGGAUGCUGGAAAACCCAUAGCUUCCAUCUGCCAUGGUCAACAGAUUCUAUCUGCUGCUGGUCUUCUCAAGGGGAAGAAAUGUACUGCAUAUCCUGCUGUGAAACUGAAUGUGGUGUUGGGUGGUGGAACAUGGUUAGAACCAGACCCAAUUGAUCGUUGCUUUACGGAUGGAAAUCUUGUAACCGGAGCAGCCUGGCCAGGUCACCCUCAGUUCGUUUCUCAGUUCAUGUCAUUGCUUGGUGUUCGUGUAUGUUUCUAGUAACAUUACAUGUUUUUUUUUUUUUAAUAAAUCGCUUAUAUUAUAUACACACAAAAAUCCGUUGUAUGUUUGUUACCGCAUCGGGAAUAACAUAUUACAUGUGUGUCGAAACUCGAAACUAUCUUUGAGUCGGCUGUUUGCGAUCAACUUGAUCAGUUCUCUUGUAUUAUGUGGUAUACUGGUAUCGGCACAUUUAGGUCAAAAAGGUCAACAAAAAGUAACU